UGCAGCGCUGUGCCUACAUUAGGAAGUGCAGUAAAAAUUCCGAGCAGGUCUUGUGUUCCAGGACAGCAAGUAUCACUGAAAAGGUGCUUACACAAGAAGACACGCUCGAUCACGGAGAGAGGCAAAACACCAAAAGACUGCUGUAUCGUGCAGUUGGAUCUCCCUGUUUUUGAUAGCGUGAGUUCGUAAAGGGUCACUGGUGCUGUGGGUCAUUGAAUCACCUGCUGCUACACAGCUGUAGCUCCCAAGGUAAUGAGCGAGCCGAGAUCUACCUUCGGUUGAUUACGGUGGGUGCUGUAUGCAAUGGAGCAAGCGAGCAACCCCGGCAACAACAGCGUCCGCAUCAAAGCCGAGCUCUGCUGGAAAGAGGGAGGGCUGGUCGAGGGUGCUAGAGUCAGCCAAGUGGGAAUUAGGGAGCGAGCCGCGUGACCAACAAACAGGGACGAGGCUUAGGUCUGGCAGGUGGCUGUUGUCGGCGUGGAGAAAAACUGCCCAUCAGUUCCGGUCGAACAUGAGAUGGGGGAGCUUGAGCUACAUUGCAAGGGCAUGGGAGGAGCAAUCGACAACUACAGACAUCUGCAGUGCGGCAGACGGCAGGGCGAAGGCGGACUCAAGCACAUGCAGCAACAACAACGAGGCUAUCCAGGGUCCGGAGAACGCCGGAGGCACAGAUGCCACGAACCCUGCAGUGGUCGCUUCCUUUCUCCGCAGGAGGGCCCCUCAAGGUCUCGCUUUUGCCCUAGUGGUUGCAACGGUGUAUGUGGUUUAUAGGAGGAGGCGUCGCAGGCCAGGGGGACGCCCGCGUUCUCGGCGCCAGGUGGGCGAAAGGCGUAGUGAUGUUGCGGCCGCAGCGGCUAGACAAAGGUGGUGGCAACGCGCUGGUGGGAAGGAGGCGGAACGCAAGGGUGAUGGCGGCGGGAGUAGCAUUGGUGGUGGGGGUGGCGACACCCGUGAUGUGGCGGAGAGAGCCAACGACACAAGGCCUGGGCUUGCAAAACGGUCUGAUGAGGACGUAGAUGGCGAACAUGCCGUUGGUGGGAAAAGUGUUGGCGGUAAGGAGGAGGAGAUGGAUGGUCGAAUGGACGUUGGUGAAGAGGGGACUCGUAAAGGUACCUCCGAGCAUGAUGAGCCAGGACCUACGGCGUGCCCAAGCCCUGAGCACGACCGGGAGGGAAACGAUGUCGGGAAAGUUACUCAUGCGGGUGUUCGCACAGACGGUCAGCAACAGGACGACGUGUCGUCUGAUGGGGCUAUUCAGGGAGGGGGACAACCUAGUCACUCGGCGGAAGAGCAAGACUCAGCAUUGGCGAGAAUGAGCCGAGGGCAGUCCUUGUUAUCCGAAAGCAGCACCGAGGACAUCCUUGCCGAGGCCGAUCACCUGAUCGCCGAUGCCGCCAACAACACCUUCAACAGCAUUCGUGCUAUGACAACGCCUACCAAACCUAGAGCGGGGAAACUCCGCGCUACGAGCAAAGCAACUGGCCCCAUUCAGGCUGCUCGCAGAAAGUCGAAAGACUCUCCGCGCGGCACCCCUAGUCUCAAGCUGACCCUUUCGCGCAUGACCAGUGCGAGCCGGUCGAGUGAUACCCGCAGCCCGAAACGCCCGCGCGUGUACCCAGAGGUGUCCGGCGAAGAAGUCGACGCCCUCGUAAGCCUAACGCACAGGGCGCUUGAGCGGGACCCCUCGGCUCUGAGCGAGAUUGCCAAGGACGCGUCCCUUCAGCAAGGCGGUGAUAAAUGAGGCAUUGUCCGACGGUGAGCUACAUUAUAGACAGCGGGAAACGCCUCCAGCGUGUGGGGCGGUGGGCAGUGGGCGGGUGGCGUCAUCCUCUCGGGCCUCCGGUUUCGCGAACUUCUGGCGUUUUGGGAUGCUCGCGUCGGAGCGGUUCUGAACAGGCCUGCGGUGUAACGGUAGUUCAAGCACUCUUAGAUGACACGAAAGUGGCUGGGCUGCCGCACCCUCCGGCAUGUUGCUGUGAAGAGCUUGGUUUACGGCUUACAGCACGUGCGCUUGUAUCAUAAGCUACAUUUUUCUACCAUAGAUGCAUUUUUGGAAGAUGUGAAGUAUAUCCGUAGACGUUUGAACAGCCGUGUGUCUCAGCUUUCAUAUCUGUUGCGUGCGUGGUUGCACGCUGAAACAUCCAUGCACCUUGCCUGAGGUUUGCAGUAACGCACUGACUUCUUCGUGAGGCUCGUUGUUUUCCUCUUUCGGUAGGUAGCGUUGUUGACAGUAGGUCAUCACAAUUUGAGCUCUAGUUCUCGCGGCAUGAAGAAACCGGGGUAUGUGGUCCUCACAGUCAACUUGCGGCCGUGGUUGAUCAACGGAUUGAUUGGAUGAAAGACCCCCCGGUGGCGGCAAUUAAUUGUAGUCGCCGCGCGAGAGAGCGGGCAGUCCUCGGCGCGGUGACAUCUAUGUGAUAAGUACUUCACAUAUGGUGGCACAAGUCGCCCGCGGACAUGAGGCCGAAGUUUCUUUCUGUUAUUUGGCUUUUUUGUGGGGCAACGCUGAGAGGAUGUUCACAGGUCGCAUAGAUUCUUCCAGUGGCUGGGGGGCGCAGUUGGUACGAAUAAUCACAGGUCGCUACAGUAGAUCCUUCCAGUGACUGAGGAGGGGGGGCAGUUGGAAACGUCUCCAUGCGAUUGCUUCCUCAAUAUGGUAGGAGAGGUUGUACCGCUGGAGGGCCGACAUCAUGUCCAUUCACUUAUAUGGGGUGUUUGAUGAUGAGAUGUGUGACAAAUGAAUGGCGUGAAUAAUCGUGGACCGAAAGGAAGAAGUACCUCUUCCCCGGAGUCUUUCUUUCGGCUGGCGGGGCCAACCAAAGAUCCUAAUCUUUUCCGUUUUUUGCCCUCCUGCUGAUCCUGAGGCAGAAAGGUGGGAACCAUUUGUUAGUUAUCACGUCCGCCA